GCAGCAGAGUAGCAACAUGGCGAACGUGCGGGACAGCGAUACGUCGCUGUGGCUGCAUAACAAGCUUGGCACCUCGAACGACAGUUGGACCGGCAGUUCGAUUUGUUCUCAACUCAAUGCCGAAGUACUACGCAACAUCAAAGAUUGUUUCCCUGAUCUGCAAACUCAAGUCAAACUCAAACUGCUGCUCUCAUUUUUCCACAUACCUAGGAGAAAUGUCGAGGAAUGGCGAAGUGAAUUGGAAGAUAUCAUUGAAGUUGCAUCGUUGGAUGGUGAAUUAUGGGUCUCAAUGUUAUCCGAAGCAAUGAAGACCUUUCCACAUACUGGCUCUCUAAAUACAGAUAUAGCCGAACUAGAUGAGCAUCGUCCAAUCUUUGGCGAGCUAGUCAAUGAUCUACGAAAAUUGUUAAGGAAGCAGAAUGAUCCUGCUAUGUUACCAUUGGAAUGUCAUUACUUGAACAAACCUGCCUUAACUGCUGUUGUGGGUAAUUUACCAAAAGCAACACAACAUUUCACAUUGAAAAGGAAACCAAAAAGUCAUCAGCUUAGAUCAGAACUCCAUCAAAAGAGUUUAGAUGCUCAAAACAAUUUGAAAAAAAAUGCAGCACCAACGGUGCCAGUCAGAAGUAGAGGAAUGCCAAGAAAAAUGACCGAUACAACACCAUUAAAGGGAAUCCCAAGUCGAGUACCAUCAUCAGGUUUCCGUUCACCAUCACUAUCAAGCUCGCCAAUGACGAAUCGUACCCCUCUAGCAAGUAGAAUGCGAAAAGACGGCGGUAUUAAAUUAUUGGAUAUAAAUGAGCAGCCGAUGGGAUACGCGCAAGCGAAAAAACGCAAACGUCUUAUGGAAAUUGAAGAACAGCAAAAGAAAGCUGAGGAGGCAAAAGCAGCGGCUGCAGCUGCUGCAACAACGCCUACACCAGCUGCCGAAACACCAAUUACUCCGGAAUAUGCUCAGGGUCUUGCACCUAUUACAACUCCUACUGCUCCAGUCUCAACUGCCGCCACGGUCUUACCACAACCCUACAGUACGCCUAUUAGCACAACUGUUCCCACUGUUGCCGUAGUGCCUAGCACUCAGACUCCUGUGACGCCUACAACACCAACAGCAGCUGUUAUAACGACGCAACCUGUUAUUACUCCAGUGGAAUCGGCACCUAUCCCUAUGCAAACCGUCAGACCAACGCAAACUGUUACGCAGAUUCGUAUAUCUGCGGCUAACCAACAACAGCCGAACACGGCAAAUACAAGAAAAGGAUUGUCGCUUACGAGAGAACAAAUGUUGGAAGCCCAAGAAAUGUUUAGGACUGCGAACAAAGUUACUAGGCCAGAAAAAGCUCUUAUUUUAGGUUUCAUGGCUGGUUCAAGAGACAACCCUUGUCCAAAGUUGGGUAAUAUUGUAACGGUGAUGCUUUCUGAAAAUAUAGAAGAAGUUACGCAACCUGAUGGAUCGACUGUAUUAAUGCAAGUGGAAACGCACUUCCAAAUGAACUAUACGAAUGGCGAGUGGAAACGUAUUAAGAAAAAUAGACGUAUUGUUAACGAUGAAUCCGCUGUGGUAGUAAUGAAUACGGCUGAGGCUUCCGCCAAAUAGAUUACAAGCAUCAUGUUGUUUCUUUGAUUUUUUUAUUUUUUCAUUAGUCUAGUUGAUAAUAGCAGCCUUGGACAAAAAUUAUUUAAUGUUAGACUCUAAUUUUAUAUAAAUAUAUAUUUAUAAAGAAAGCAUGUAUGAUCACGUACAAUCAGAUAUCUUUGUAUAUAUAUAUAUUUCAGUAUGUGAGAGAUGACGAUUGUGCAUUAUUACAUGCGUAAGAUAAUUCAAAGUUGAAGUUAUUCAGAUUCAUUUAAAGUCUUCAUUCUUAAAUGAAUGUGAAGCUUAAUAAUUUUGUGAUAGUUUCAUAUAUAAUUUUUUUCUUGUAGAAAAAGAAAACCAUAACUGUCAUAAUUUUGAAAUGAACGCCACUUUUAAUCAUUAUGUAAAAAUUGUAAAUGAUGAAGAAGCGCUUUCUAAAGACAUUGCAUUAUUGCGUGUACAUACAGUGUUUCAUUGCAUUUCGUUUUAAUUUUAACACGAUCAUGAAUAUUCCUUGUAAAUAUGUUAAUUUUCUUCUUAAAAAAAAUUUUGUAAUAAAUUUUAUUUUACGAGAAUGUGUACUUGAUUGUAAAGUAUAAACGAACCAAUUAAUUUGAGAACAUUAGGAAUUGAAAGUGAUACACACUGUGCUUGUAAGUCAAGUUUAUAAAAAAAGUAUACUACUACCAUAUUUCAUUACAUAUAUAGAAAAUAUAUGAAUUUUUAUGUUUUUUUUUUAUCUGAAGAAAACGAGACUAAUAUCGUUGUUAUAAAAAUAAAAUACCUAU